UAUUGGAGCAGCAAAAUGACGAAUAUCUUGAUGAACUCGACGCUCGAGUUAGAGCUGUUAAAGAGGUUGCUCAUGGAAUCGGUCGGGAGGCUAGGGAGUCCAAUAACAUUCUCAACGGAAUGGGAGGACAAUUCGAUAAAGCCGGGGACAUGCUGAAAGGGACGAUGGCGAAGUUGCAGAACAUGAUGGAUAGUGGGAGCGGGCGAGCGAUGAUAUACUUGGCGUUAUUCGUGGUGGGCAUGUUUAUGUUGAUGUAA